AUGCCUACGACAUCGAAGGCGCUCGUCCUAUCCGAACUCAAUGCCCCGUUCGAACUGCGCGAAGUCGUCGUUGAUGAUCCGAGACCGGGAGAAGUGCUCGUCAAGAUGAUCGCGUGUGGGAUUUGUCACUCUGACUUAUCCGUGCAAUCCGGGAUUCUACCGGGCCAAUUCCCUUCUUGUCUUGGGCACGAAGGGGCUGGAAUGUACGUGUCGUGACUUAUAGUAGUCGACCUGAGUCGCCCGGUGGCUCAGCUGACACGAGGUCACGUGCCUAUCUUCAAUCUUUCGCUCACCUUGCGGAACAGAGUCGAAAGCGUUGGCCCAGACGUGGCCGGUCUCGAGAAAGGUGAUUCGGUUCUUCUCAGUUUCAACUUUUGCUCCGAUUGUCGUUCGUGCCACGCCAACAAGACCUCGCAAUGCAAGGCCUGGCUUCCGCUCAACUUUGGCCUCGCGCGAAGCGGGGAGGGCAAGUCACAUUUCGCCGAGGAUUCGGAGACCGGGCAGCCUAUCGCCGGGUUGUUCUUCGGGCAAUCUUCCUUUUCCGAGUAUACUCUAGCGGCAGCGAAUAGUGUGAGUAGUUGGCAUACUACUGCGUCGGAUAAUAUCUUGAACUUACAUGCCAUUGGCUUUCGAUGCUUCCCAGUGCGUGAAAAUUCCUGCUUCCUCCGAGCUUGCACUCUUGGCACCCUUGGGCUGUGGCAUUCAAACUGGGUCAGCGGGAAUGUAUGAGCAUCAUUUAGCCAAGAAACCUUAUUGAUGUUCUCAUGUCCGCCUCAUAGAGCGGGCUCUGUCAUGAACGCUCUCAGACCCGCUCCGGACUCCUUCGUCGGUGUCUGGGGUCUCGGAGGUGUCGGAGUCGCUGCGAUUUGCGCGGCCGCGUACCUUGGCGUCAAGACCAUCAUCGCUAUCGACAUCAUCCCCGGUCGCUUGGAGCUAGCUCGAGAAUGUGGUGCAACGUAUUGCAUCAAUGGGAAAACGGAGGACGUCGAAGCGAGAAUCAAGGAGAUCACUGGCGGCGAAAUGCUUGACUUUGCGAUUGAGGCUUCGGGUGUUAAAGCGUGCAUGUACGCCGCUUGGGGGCUGUUGGGUAACGGAGGGAAGUUGUGCCAGCUCGGAGCAUUCUCUCAAGGAACUGAAGUGUCAUUGGAUGUGAGCAUACUCUCGGUCGCCAGUCGCCAUAUUUCGAGCAGCGGCAAAUGCUGACAUGUUUUUUCGCAUGCUCAGAUCAACGGUGCGCAAGUUCGACAUUUAUCCUUUGUUGGCAACUGUCAGUUUUUUAUGCUGUUCACGUCUCCGUAGAACAAUCGCGCUGACGAAGUCAUUUGGUACCACAGUGGAAGGAGCCUCGCACCCCCCUACAUUUAUCCCUCAGUUGCUCGAAAUGCGCAAGGCCGGCUUCUUGCCUCUCGAGAAAUUCAGCACCCAAUACCCCAUCACCGAGUUCGAAGCCGCUCUAAAAGCAAUGAAAGAGGGUUCCGUACGUUCUUUCCUUUUCCUUUCUGGCGCACUCUUCUGUCGGCCCGUUGCUCAAAAUUGUACGGUGGUUCCUUCGACAGGUGAUCAAGCCAAUCCUUUGCUUCUGAAGCGGGAGAUUCCCCUCAACAGUAG